AUGUUCGAGGCACGCCUUCUACGUAGCUCCAUCUUGAAAAAAGUACUUGAAGCCAUUAAGGAUCUCCUUACACAAGCAACAUUUGACUGUGAUGAUAAUGGAAUACAGUUACAGGCUAUGGAUAAUUCACAUGUAUCUCUUGUUUCCUUAACAUUACGAGCAGAUGGCUUUGAUAAAUAUAGAUGUGAUAGAAAUAUCUCCAUGGGCAUGAAUUUAGGAAGUAUGUCUAAAAUUUUGAAAUGUGCUGGUGACAAGGACACAGUGACAAUGAAGGCACAAGAUAAUGCAGACACAGUUACAUUUGUGUUUGAAAGCCCUAAUCAGGAAAAAGUGUCCGAUUAUGAAAUGAAACUCAUGAAUUUGGAUUUAGAACAUUUAGGUAUUCCCGAGACUGAGUACAGCUGUACCAUCCGCCUGCCCAGUGCCGAGUUCGCGAGAAUCUGUCGUGAUUUAUCACAGUUUGGAGAAUCUAUGGUCAUUUCUUGCACCAAAGAAGGUGUAAAAUUCUCAGCAAGUGGGGAUAUUGGAUCUGCUAACAUUAAACUAGCACAGACUGCUUCCAUAGACAAGGAGGAGGAAGCAGUUGUCAUAGAAAUGGAUGAACCUGUCACCCUUACAUUUGCUUGUCAGUAUCUCAACUACUUCACUAAAGCUACCUCGUUGAGUCCUCAGGUGCAACUGUCAAUGUCAGCUGAUGUGCCGCUGGUCGUCGAAUACCGCAUCCCUGACAUCGGCCACAUUCGUUACUAUUUGGCGCCCAAGAUAGAAGAGGAGGAUAGU